CUCCCUCAACGCGACCACGCACAAACAGACGUGUUAUUAUUGUUUACAGUCACAUCGUGACACAGCAUCACCUGUCAGCACCGGAUCAUCGGGGCUAUCACAGCGAUAUUUAUUUGACAUUUGGUAUAAUAUUUUUGCAGUUCAAAUAGUCUAUGUUUUAUUUAUAUCCGUGUCUGUUACAAACUUUUUAAUUCAAGUUUGGUGGGCUAGUCACCGGUUAGCUAGCUAGCUAGCCGGCCAGCUCCUGGCGGCUGUGAGUCAGCUGAAGUUUUAAGCUGAGUUAAGUUCAGUUGCCAUUUUUGUGACCAUGGACCAACAUGGCUCUUUCCCAGUGAAACUAUACAUCUACGACGUGUCCAGAGGCAUGGCCCGCCAGCUGAGCUCUCUCAUGCUAGGGAGGCAGCUAGAUGGGAUAUGGCACACUGCGAUUGUGGUCCAUGGAAAGGAGUACUUCUUCGGUGGAGAAGGCAUCAACAGUUGUUCACUCGGUGGCACUCCUUUGGGCGAGCCUGACUCCAUCGUGGACCUGGGCCACACCGAGGUUCCUGCAGACAUCUUUAUCGAGUAUCUGACUUCGCUGGCAGAGUCCACGUACAGAGGUGACAAGUACAACUUGUUCGAGCACAACUGCAACACUUUCAGCAACGAGUUGGCUCAGUUCCUAACGGACAAAAAGAUCCCAUCGUACAUCACAGACCUUCCAUCUGACAUAUUAUCCACGCCAUUCGGCCAGGCUCUCCGUCCCUUACUGGAUUCCAUCACCAUAAAUCCCGGAGGCAGCAACAUAACUGGACAGCGAUAGACGAGGCUGUGUAUGUUGAAUAAGAUAUUCUAGUCACUCACUAGUCAGACCUUGAUAAACAUCUGACAUGUUGAACUAUGCGACCUGUCGCACUGUCUUCUCAUCAGCUGUCUUUUGAGUUCUUGUCUCUUUUAGGCUUCAGAGUCUGUUUCUGCACAUUUUAAACAUCUUCAUCUUCAACCUUUACUAAAGUGCUUCCUAAAGUUAGACGACCAGUUUCUGAACUACAUACAGAUGCAGUAUGAUCAGGGAUGAGAAGCUGACAAUGACAGGUUCGCGUUAAGCAUCUAAAAAAUGUUAACAUGUUAAAACGGACUGCAAGAGUUAUUUAUUAGAAUGAUAUUUCCUGUACAGAACUUGUGUAAAACCAGCUCCAACUUUACCAGCACUAUUCCAGAAAAGCCUGACUAAUAAUAUCAUACCUUACUUGGCCUUAGCGUGCUCUUACCAAACAUCAGCCCUGCCUUUCAGCAUUUAUCAACGCAAGCUGACUCUUUGUAAAGGAGCGUGGAGUUUUUUAGUGGUUAAGAUGCCACAUGCUCCUGAGUUGAGAGCCUCUCUUUGUCAGUGGGGAUGCGGUUAAUCGCAGUUUAACACGACUGCCCUGAUAUUUGCAAAGUUGUGUUCCAAUCUGUAAUUUUUUAAAUGGGUGUUAAUGGGUCAGAGCCAUCCACACAAACGCAAAAACAAAAUCAAGACAAGAAUGGUAAACGAGGAGCAAGAUGUGAGUUCCUUAUUCAGUGCUUUGUGUUGGCAAAAUAAUGUGAAGAAAUUCCAGCCUCUUGCUAUUUGUUAGAUGACCAAAAUGUUGAUACUGUCAUUUCCUGAUUUCGUCAUUAAUUAUUUAUAUUACAGGACUGCACUCCAAGGGCAGGGCCAGAUUAAGUUAGAGUUAAAAGGAAGUAAUUCUGCCGUCUUUUCUUUGUAUUUGGCAUCUUGGAAAUAUAAUUGGACCAAAUGUGGUAAAGUGUUUCUGGAGAGUGAAUACGUUUGUAACCUCUGAGAUUCUUGUUUCACUCAGGAACAAUCUUAAUGAACACGGAGUAUAGGGUUGUGUGUUACUUGAAUUAAGGGACCAAUCAUCCGUUCAUCUUUGACAACAAACUUACAGUUUAUUCAGUUAUUUAAGGAAAACUGUGACAUAUCCAACAUUUAUGUCUAAUAAUAUUGAAUGUUGAAGGAUAUGUGUAGUUUGUAUUUACACACCAAAGCCAGACACAGUAAAUGUAGUCAUACAUCAGGUGUUCAGCCAAAAGCAACUUCACUCCUUUGUAGUAUGAUCAUUAAUUCCUCCUCAUGGAAACAUAUUGUUGAUACUAUUCCAGUUUUGCUCUCAGUUUAUUCUCAUAUGACCACCAAACCCUUUGCGUGUUCCAUUCCCUGAAUAGUUUCCUUGCAAUUAUUCUUUUUAAUCCUCAUAUUUACUUUUUAAUACUCAUACUUUAAUGAUGUUAGCUCUUUAUCUUCCUUUUUAUACUGAUGCUUUUACCCAGUAGCACUUUGAGAUUUGUUUCUAAUGUAAAGGGCCUUACAAAUCAAAUGUGUUAUUAUUAUUUUGAACAUACUUGUUGCAAUUGCACACGCAUGCUUAAUAAUUGGUAAAGCUGGUCUGCAUAAUUAAGAAGUUUUAAAUUGAAUUUAACAAGGCCUCCAUACGCUAUUAUUCAGUUGAAUUCAAUUGUACAAUGGUUGAUUUUUUUAAAUAAAUAUAUUUAACCAGA